AUGGCGACCUUCUUUCAAAGUGUGCGCCAAGGAUUUGGUCGUGGAGGAAACAACAAGAACAACGCCCCCAAGAGUCCAGCACAGGCACCUCAACCGUCUCCAUCUCCAGCGACAACCAACAUGCCUAGCUCUCCCUCGUUUCCGAAUUACGCUGGUGCGGAUAAUACCGUCGCAAACGAUGCCGAUGCUCCCAAAUACUUUUUCCAGGAGAAGUAUGCUCCACUGAACGUGAGGGGCAACUUCCUGACUCUAUGCGCGUGCCCGAAGAAUGUGGAGCUGGGUGAAUGGCUGGCUCAUCAAAUUGUCGAGCAAUACCGCCUCCUCCACGGUAUGCUUCAGGUCAUCCAGGAGACCAACAGUGUCACUGGACUGCCAAUCUGCAAUGAGAGCACAUGUCCGACCAUGUCAGCUGGCAGAUUAACCUACACCUGGCUCGUCGAUGGUCGUGCUGCCAAAAUCUCUGCCCCCAAAUUCAUCAAUCGCGUGGAGAAGUGGAUUGUCAGCAAGAUUCACGAUCCCGUCAUGUUCCCCACUGAGAAGGUCAACGGGAUCCCCGAGACCGCGUCCAUGAGAGAUGCCACUGCUGCCCCGGCGCCAGGAUCCUCCGGCACAUCUUCGGAGGCUGGUGCCCCAUCUGGAGCAAAUGGAGCCACCGCAGAUGAGUGGAUUGGCCAAUCCAGUGGGUUCCCUCAAACAUUCUACAAGGACUGCCAGGGCAUUAUGAAGCAGAUGUUCCGAUGCUAUGCUCACUUGUACCAUGCCCACUGGCUCAACCCCUUCUGGCACAUUAACAAGCACGACAUCCUCAACAUGUGCUUUGUGCACUUUGUGACCGUUGCCAAGUACUACCAGCUUGUGUCCGACAAGGAGAUGGAGCCCAUGCAGCCCCUGAUCGAUCUGUUCAUCAAGCAGCAGCGAGUGCCCCCCGAGGCCCUGAACGGCGGCCACUGGGCUCAACAGCCGGCUGCUGCGUAG